UAUCGGCGUGCUUGACGUUUAAUGAUUAUUUUUCCGUGAUUCUGUGGUUGAAUUACAUUUAUAAAAGCAACAUAGCUUUUUAUGUUCAAUAAAAAUACCGAUUUGAUUCAGUAACAUUAUGUCUCUACCAAGCAAUUAUAAACAAAUUGCUGUAGCUACGACAUCUUCUUCGUCUACAUCAGGUGGCAGUGGAAGCGGUAGAUCUCGUUCUUCGGGAGCUGGUGGUGGGUCCGAUCGUAGCAAGGAUAAUACACCCAUUUUCACCCAUAGUAAUCACGCUAAUCCGGCAUUCACUCCCCAAAAGGCCGGGAAAUCUUCCAGUUCUAAAAAUCAAGCUGAGUCGCGAGCGCCAAAACCACCGAAACCACCAGAAAAACCUAUUCUGCCGUAUAUGCGAUAUUCGAAGAAAAUUUGGGACAGUGUCAAAGCUCAACAUCCCGAUUUGAAAUUAUGGGAAUUGGGUAAAAAAAUCGGCGCCAUGUGGAAACAACUCACGGACACAGAGAAACAAGAGUUUAUAGACGAGUAUGAAGCAGACAAACUAGAAUAUGAGAAAGCAUUGAAGGCUUAUCAUAACUCACCAGCCUAUCAAGCAUAUUUAGCCGCUAAGAGUAAAGUAAAAGCUGAUGGCGACAUUCAUGAAACACCUUCGCGUGGAGCGGGUGGCAAGGGUCAACAAGAGAGACGUAUAGAUAUACAACCAGCAGAGGAUGAAGACGAUCAAGAUGAGGGCUAUUCUUUUAAACAUGUAGCUUACGCCCGUUACUUACGCAAUCAUCGGCUAAUCAAUGAAAUAUUUUCGGAUGCGGUGGUGCCCGAUGUGCGUUCAGUGGUUACCACACACCGUAUGCAAGUACUUAAACGUCAAGUAAGUUCAUUGACUAUGCAUCAGACAAAACUCGAAGCUGAAUUACAGCAAAUGGAGGAAAAAUUUGAGGCUAAAAAGCAACGUAUGAUCGAAUCUAGUUUAGCUUUUCAGGAAGAGCUAAAGCGGCAUUGUAAACCAGCGGUGGAUGAAGAAACAUUUCAGAAAAUGGUUCAGCGAAUGUAUGAAGAAAUGAAAAAAGAACGCCAACGCUUAGAAGAGCCAAAUUCGAUAACGCUGGCAGGAAAUAGAUCGGAUAAUAAGCCACCUUUAAUUGGGCCGGCUGUACCAACAAGCGGUCCCCCACCUAAUGCGGAGCCGAAGAAAGACGUAAAUCCAAGUGUUUCGGCUUCACUCACUAAGCCCAUUCAUGAAUCGAGUAGUAAAACUGAACCUGAACCAAUGGAUAUUGAACCACCGGCUAAACUAACUGCGCCUAUUCCUCCUAAAUUAGCUGAACAGAAGCCUAAUGAGAUAUUGCCGAAGGGAGUUAAGGUGGGACCUGAAGUGGAAUUAAGAAACAAAGAAUCAAUAAUUAAAAAUAAAAUUUCAAACGUUAAGGCCGCAACUGCCACUCCCCUUCCGCCUGCGAGUACAUCAGGUGAACAACAGCCACAAUCCAUGAUGGCGCCAGCAAUAUCCGCUGCACAUUUGCCGACUUCAGCAAAUUCUAACGUAGCUCCGAUUCAAGUAGCCCCUACAGCUUCAAUACCAACUUCGCAUACCACACCCCAAACUCAGCAGAUUCCUCCAACUAUGCCUAUGCAUCCACAUCCACCGCCACCUCCCCCACAUGCUCCUCAUUUAUCACCUCAUAUGAGUCCACAUCAGCCGCCAAUGAGUGCCAUGUCACCGCAUGGAGCUUAUCCAUCUUAUGGGGCGCCACCUGGCGGAACUACUCGUUCACCGUACUAUCAACCUCAAUACGGAGCUCAUCCACCACAACAACCUUAUGGUCAGUAUGCACCAUAUUCACAUUACCAGCAACCUUAUGGACCACCACCAGGAUCUCAUUAUAUAAACUCUAGGCCACCGCCCCAGCACAAUAGCGCCUCUGUGCAUUACGCUGAACACGGAGGGCCACCAGUACCUCAACAACAAACUGCACCGCCUGGUCAUAUGGCACCCCACGAUGUUUACGCUCCGUUAACGGCGGCACACAACUCUUUACCAUCGCAACAACAACCAGUACCGGCAUCAGGACCUUCAGUUCCAACUAUGCCUGGCAGUGCGAAUUCGUCUAGUGCUCCUCCCUUACCGAGUGGAGAAAAUAUGCAGUCUGCUGACAAUGAGGAUAGUAAGAAUGAAUAAAGACGUAAUAUUCCAUUCUUUCAUGACAAGUAACUUAACAAUCAGUAAUUUAAUAAGCAAGUUUUAAAAUGUCUAUGUUUCUUAUA